AAUACCCAACAAAAUAUCUACUACUCAGAAAGAAAAAGAAGAGAGAGAAAAUAAUUAGGGUUUCAAAAGAAUGGCUGAUGAGAGUGAUAACGGCGGCGGUGUGAAAACGGGUAUCGUUAAGUGGUUCAAUGAUCAAAAAGGAUUUGGAUUCAUCACUCCUGAUGAUGGUAGCGAGGAUCUGUUCGUUCACCAGUCUGCGGUUAAAACUGAGGGAUUCCGAAGCCUCGGUGACGGUGAGAAUGUCGAGUUCGAAGUUGAGUACAGCAGCGAUGGCCGGGCUAAGGCCGCCAACGUGACUGGACCUGGUGGCGCCCCUGUUCAAGGAAGCACCAGAGGUUAUGGUGGAGGCGGCGGUGGCAGUGGCGGAGGCGGAGGAGGAGGAAGGGGCCGAAGGGAUGGAGGUGGUGGUGGGUAUGGGUAUAACGGAGGUGGUGGUGGUGGUUACGGGUACAACGAAGGCGGAGGAAGCCGUGGGGGAAGCCGAUACGGUGGCGGUGGAGGCUACGGUGGCGGUGGAGGCUACGGCGGAGGAGGAGGAGGUGGUGGUGGUGGUGGUAGUGGCUGUUUUAAAUGUGGUGAAUCUGGGCAUAUGGCUAGGGAAUGUCCUCAGGGAGGCGGUGGAGGAGGCGGCGGAAGAUAUGGAUCUGGCGGUGGUGUAGGCGGCGGAGGAAGCUGCUACAACUGCGGUGAAGGUGGUCACUUUGCCCGUGAAUGCCCCAAUUCGAACCGUUGAACCACUGGGUUUCUCCAUUAUCUCUAUUCCGCUUUUGAGUCAAGUACUAUGGUCUUUAGGCUUAUGAACUGGUGAUCCAUGUAAUAAUUGCUUUGUUUUUGUUCUGGUUUUUGGGAUCUUCUAAUUAUAUGGUCACCUUCUCUAUCUACCAUUUAGGUUAGGGUUUUAAUUUUAAUUUUAAUUUUAAUUUUCUGCACUGUUUGUCCCAUAAUCGCGUCGGCUUUAUGUCUGUUUUUUUUUUUCCCCGUAAAAUGUAUACAUGUGUAUGCCUAUACAUGUUACUAUUUUAAUGAAUGAACUAUUGUCGAUUACUUUGAUA